AUGUCAGAAGGAUUUUUAAACAAAAUACGUGAUUAGGCAAUCUAAUUGAUAGCACAAGGUAAAAAUGAAUACUUGGCAGGAACUACAUUAGAAGCAAAAUAGGGAGGUUAUGAUAAAAUGAAAUUGGGAUGCUAAGAGUUAGUAAAAUAUGCCAGACAAGAGACAAACUAAUAGUUGUGUCAAAUUGCCAGUUAAAAGUUAAAUGAGUUUACCACUGAGAUGCAAAACAUGAAGGCUUAUUUAGAAAAUUACAAAGCAAGCAUGUAGGGGCAAUCCCAACUUCAGCCUUUAUAGCAAUAAUAAUAGUUCUCAUAAAAUCCGUAACCCUCCUAAUAAAAACCCUCGAAUGGUAACAAUGGAAUGAACAAAAGCACAAACCCAUAAGACGUUCAAGAUCAAGGGAAAUCAAAACUUGUCGAAGGACAAUAAGCUUUGAGGAAUAAUCUAUCUACAGCUAUAGUCACAGAGAAGCCUAACGUCAGUUGGGAUGAUGUUGCUGGCUUGGAGAAAGCUAAGGAUUCUUUGAAAGAAGCAAUAAUAACGCCGAUGAGAUUCCCAGAACUCUUUUAAGGAGCACGCAAACCUUGGAUGGGAAUCCUCUUAUACGGACCUCCAGGAACAGGGAAAACAUUUUUAGCAAAAGCAUGUGCAACAGAAUGUGAAGGUACAUUCUUCUCUGUAUCUUCUGCUGAUUUAAUAUCGAAAUUCGUAGGAGAAUCAGAGAGAUUGAUCAAAGAGUUAUUUAAUAUGGCUAGAGAAUCAAAACCAACAAUUAUAUUCAUAGAUGAAGUGGAUUCAAUGACUGGAAAUAGAGAGAGUGGAGGUGGAAAUGAAGCCUCAUCCAGAGUGAAGACUCAAUUCUUAGUGGAAAUGCAAGGGGUUGGCAAUAACAAUGAGUCAGUUCUAGUUUUGGGUGCCACAAACUUGCCAUGGUCCUUAGAUCCAGCCAUUAGAAGAAGAUUUGAAAAGAGGAUCUAUAUCCCCCUGCCUGAUGUAUAAGGGAGAUUAUAAUUGUUGAAAAACAAAAUGAAAAGCACUCCUAAUAAUUUAACCCCAGCAGAAUUUGAAGAUAUUGCUAAGAUGUUGGAGGGAUAUUCAGGGUCUGACAUGAAUACUUUAGUAAGAGAUGCUUGUUUUGAACCUUUAAGAAAAACCGAAAGGGCUACUCAUUUCAAAUAAACCUAGACUCCACAGGGAAUGAAAUACAUGGCUUGUUCUCCUUCUGAUCCUGAAGGACAACAGAUGAGAAUGUAUGAUAUCAAAGGAGGACAAUUAUAUUUACCUCAUAUCGAAUAUGAUGACUUCUUAAGUGUACUUCCUAAGUGUAGACCAUCUGUUUCUUAAGGUGAUCUUAAAAAAUACGAAGAUUGGACAAGUGAAUUCGGACAAGAAGGAUGAUUGAUUAUCAAAAUAAUUUCUAAUUUGUUGAAUUUGAUAUUCCUUAA